AUGCGAAAGUUGGAAUGGGACGACAUGGGAGUGAAGGUCGAUGGUCGGCAGCUACACCAUCUGCGCUUUGCUGAUGACAUCGUAUUGAUAACACAUAGCAUCAGCCAAGCGGAACGAAUGCUGACCGAAUUCGACGAAACAUGUGGAUGCAUCGGUCUUCAGCUGAAUCUACAAAAGACGAUGUUCAUGCGGAACGGAUGGGUCUCGGAUGCCCCAUUCACGCUCAACGGAACGAACAUAUCCGAAUUCACCAGCUACGUUUAUCUGGGUCGGGAACUGAACAUGAUGAAGACGUGA